CUGUUAAGAUUGGAAUUAUGAAAAAUUAUUAACUAAAUAUUAUUAAACACAUCCAUGCGUCCAUAUGUUUAAGGAAGCCUUUAAGUAUUAUAAAGCGAAAUGGCCUCCACCAGACCUAAAUGGCGUAAUCGAUUUUGAAGAGCCGUCUAAAACAAAUCAUGAGAGCACCUUGGUAGAAUUGCAGGACAAUGUUCCGGGCUUGCAUCUUAGUUUCCCGCCCAUAGGCCUGCAACCACCGCAGAGCUGGCGUUGCUAUGCACUAAAAUCCCAUCCCGGCAUAUUAGUUAUACGUAAUCCGUUUACUGUGCAUGGCCAACGAUAUUGGAUAGCACGCAGCCUGCGGGACUAUCCACGAGCUCCAAAUAGAAUUAACUUAAAUGAGAAUCUGUUUGCGAGCGAUGCCAUUAAGGAUUGGUGGAAUGCAUUGCAGCAAUGUGACGAUAAGGAUGAGGCGCGGCGUCUCAAGAUUUCGAUGCGAUGGGCCACCCUGGGCUAUCAUCACGAUUGGGAUACAAAGGUGUAUAGCGAGACAAUGCACACACCCUUUCCGCAAGAUCUGAGCAAUUUGUGCCAGUACAUCGCGACAGUUCUGGGCUUUGCAGACUUUGAGGCGCAAGCGGCCAUCGUUAACUUCUACCCAAUAGGUACCACCUUAUCUGGACACACAGAUCACUCCGAGCCGAAUCAGACGGCGCCACUGUUUUCUUUCAGCUUUGGUCAGACUGCGGUCUUCCUAAUUGGUGGCACAACACGAGAGGAACGUCCCAGUGCCUUGUAUUUGCGCAGCGGCGAUGUGCUGAUUAUGUCUCAGCAGUCGCGUCUUUGCUAUCAUGCGGUACCGCGUGUUAUGAAGACCCAAGAGGAACCUUGGAAUAACUUGCCCGCUGAUGAUGCCGACGAGAAGCUAAUGAAACCAGAGCGAAAAAAAUUGCGCCGUGACUUUGAGGAUAAUUCAAAUGUAUGUGAUAUGUCCUUAUAUCGUUUGGUGCGUGAUGACAGCUUUUGGCUACCAUAUAUGCACUAUCUGAACGAUUCCCGCAUUAAUAUAAAUGUGCGACAAGUGCUCCCAUCAGGCGUCAAACAGCUACCGCUACCACCGUCCUGACUUAUGUGGUCUUCGGUGGAUUUCAAUUCCAACUGCUCGCAGUCGUGACCAAAACUUUUGUACCUUCGUGCUUGCAUAACCAAUUGGUUGACAUAUUCUCGGAUCGAGAAGCAAGGAGUGAGGAAUAAAACAUUUGCGUUUUAGUCAUUAGAAA